UCCAUAUUCUGCAAUUGCUGCAUUCUAGAGAGAGAAAGAGAGUCUCCAGAGAGAGAGAGUGCUCUAAUGGAGUACGAGAGGAUACACAAAGUUCAGACCGGUAUAAUUUCUCCAAGUAAAUUGAGGAUGAAGCUUAUGGGACCUCACCACCAGAGGAAAAAGGAUGGAUCGAAUAGUAACUCUUCAAGAACAUCCCCUUCCAAGCUUGAGGAUUCAGAGUUUGUGAAGAACAGCUUAUUAGCCCUUGAAGACGAAGCUUCAAGCUUAGAAGUUUCAUCAGUAAAAUUACCUGGAAACGUGAUGCCGGAUUUGGCUCAAGGUGAUCAAAUCUCUUGCCAGCCAAAGGAGAGCUUGCCAAGGGAAAACGGCAGUGUGGGUCGGGUUAAAACUCAGCAAUACUCAAAGUGUGAUACUGGUAAUUCAAGUACAAUUCACCCAGUGAGAUCUCUAGAAGAGGAAAAUCUUGACUAUGACAGUAAUGCUAGUUCCUCUAGCUUUGAGUUUCAUAAAGAGAGAUCGCUUCACAAUUCCGUGUCAAGAUCGCUGUCGAGGCCUAUGCCAUCUAAGUGGAAUGAUGCAGAGAAAUGGAUAAUGAAUAGGCAAAAUGCACAAGCUAAUUAUACUAAAAAGAAUGUGUUACAGAGUCAAGCAAAUCGAUUGGCUGGGGCAAAUAUGGUGAGGGUUGCUCCUGAGUCAGCGAGCACCGAUCACAAGUUAUCGGUUAAGCGGGUCGACUUCUGCCAACCUGCAGCACAAAUGGGGUUGGAGAAGUUCUCUUUUGUCCCUAAUGGGGCUCACCCCAUUUCAGCUCAAGCAAAUGGAGGCAAUGCAUUAAUUGAUUUGUGUCAAACUAAGGAUUUAAAGGAAGUCGAUCCCAGGGAGUUGUCUUGUUUAAAAGGCCCACCAGAAGACACAACAGGUUUUUCUGCCAUAAGAGCGGUUUCAAUGAGAGACAUGGGAACAGAAAUGACCCCUAUUCCAAGUCAAGACCCUUCAAGGACUGCUACCCCUGUUGGAGCAACAACCCCGCUCCGCAGUCCAACUUCUUCACUACCAUCUACUCCGCGAAGAGCUGGUGCACCGGCGCCUACACCUGCAGAGCACAUGACCGAUGAUGAAUCACGGGACUACCGAAACAGAGAACUGUCAGAAGAAGAAUUGAAGCUCAAGACAAGGAAAGAGAUUGUAGCUCUUGGUGUCCAACUUGGGAAAAUGAAUAUUGCUGCCUGGGCAAGUAAAGAUGAGAAGGAGAAAAGUGCUCAAUCAGGUGAAACCCAUGAUCUGGAAGACCAUGAACGGAUUGAAUAUGAAAGAAGGGCAGCUGCAUGGGAGGAAGCUGAAAAAUCUAAACAUGCUGCGAGAUAUAAGCGUGAAGAGAUCAAAAUCCAAGCUUGGGAAAGUCAGCAAAAGGCAAAGCUGGAAGCAGAGAUGCGAAGAAUAGAGGCCCAAGUUGAACAAAUGAGGGCUCAUGCUCAAGCAAAGAUGGUGAAGAAGAUUGCCAUGGCAAGGCAAAGGUCGGAAGAAAAAAGGGCUGCUGCUGAAGCCAAUAGAAAUCGGGAGGCAGAAAAAACUUCAGCUCAAGCAGAAUAUAUUCGCCAAACAGGUCGGAUUCCAACAUCCCAAUUUGUAUGUUGUGGUUGGUUGUGAUGAAAUUGGAAAAUAAUGCACAAAAAGGAAUUUCUUCUCCAUACCAUCACACUCUGCUUUGGAUUUCUUUGUUUCAUGGGAGGUGUGCUGUUACAUUAUUCAAUCCUGUAUUUAUCGAGCAACUUCAGUGUGUAAGUUGUUACAUGAAGUGAUCUGUGCGAUUGAUGCACCUAAGAUGAACUUAACUAAAAGAGUUGACAGAUAAAAUCACAAAUCUCCUCCAUUAUGAAGGAAA